AUGUUUUAUGUUAAAGGAAAUAGCCUUUUUACUUUUACACCACCCGCAUUAGAAUCUACAGCACAAGAUACGCCUAGAACCUUUCCCUCUUCAGACAAAGUAGGAUUUAAUUUGGAAAGAGGUGCGACCAUGCUUCCGCUGUUUCUAGCCCUGUCGACUGUAUUGCCGACAUGUGUUCUGUUCUUCAUCAUACUGUUGGUUCCAACCUUAAUGUCGACUACGGUAGCUGCAGUUUCUCUGAUCAGCACAAUGCCGACAGCUACACAACCAGUUUUACCACUCCAGCUUGCCUGUACACCAUUGACACCACGUCCAGGACCACCAGAAUCUGUGAGGGACCUUCGACCAGAUGACAUUCGUGUGGUGGCCGGUAUCGGAGACAGUGUCAUGGCUGGAUUUGGAGCAAAAGGAGUACAAACAAGAUUCUUGAGCCCAAAGACAUUAUCAGAAGACAGAGGAAUUUCCUUUGCCAUGGGAGGGGAUGAUGGUGCCAUAACUAUUCCAAAUCUGAUUCAUUAUUACUCCCAUGAAUUGUAUGGAUCUUCAGUAGGAUCUCAGUUUAUCACAGUGUGUUUUGGUCCUACGUUUUGUCCAGAUGGGCAAUAUAGACCAAGUAUUGGUAAACUCAAUGCAGCACAGUCCGGUGCUCGCAGUGCCAAUUUAAAUCAUGAAAUAGACUAUUUGGUUGAACAGCUUGACGAUGCUUACAAAGCAAAAACAAUUCAGCCAACAGACUGGAAACUUCUGACAUUCUUUGUCGGCUCAAACGACCUGUGUCACUCUUGUUUUGUUCCUGCUUCUAUGCCUCAGACUUUCUCUAUUGAUGUUUUGGCAGCAAUUGAGAGGAUUCGCAUGGCAGUUCCUUAUGUUCUUAUUCAAGUUGUUGGCAUGUUUCACAUUGAUCAGAUCUUUGUAGAGACACAAGCCUAUCCAAAAUACUGCCACCCGUUUCCCAUAUCUACCUUUACUCUUCAAAACGAAGUGUGUGGAUGUGCGCACACUGCAGAAAAUCGAACCAUCUUAAAUGACUUGCUACCUAUUUACAACUCUGCACUACAAUCUGUUGUAACAUACUACAAGGAUCCAAAGUUUUUAUCAAAUGAAACAUUUGGAAUAUUUUACCAGCCACUACCAGCAGAUAUAUCAAGCUUCCCAAUUGAUGCUAUAAGUAAUGUAGAUUGCUUUCAUCCUUCAGCUAUUGCUCAUGAAUGGAUUUCUAAGAAUCUUUGGCGCAAUAUGUUUUUAACAAGUGCCCAGAAGCCAACCACUCCAAUGAUAUUCGACCGUAAUGAAACAAUUUACUGUCCUACUGAUGCAGAUCGUAUUCAGAUUACAUAG